GAAUGCACCGGGGCGCUGUGUGUGCAUUUUGGGAUUUGUUGUCCUUAAAACCGUUUCCUGUAGUUAGCCUACAUUAGGUGGUGGAAUCUUUCCUUCAAAGAAAAACACACGUGAAUUUAUUGAUCAGGAUUGUGUGACUUUAUGGAAACAUGUCAAAGAAACGAGGAAGGAAGCGUAGCAGCGAAGAGUUGAGUGAGAGCUCGGCGUCCACCCUGUGCCCCGACCCGGACAACCUGCUGGGCCGCAGAAUUCAACACAACUGGAGGGAAAAGGGGAACGUGACCAAGUGGAAAGGCACGGUCCUGGAGCGGCUGACUGUCAACAGCUCCCUUUACAUGGUCAAAUACGACGGCUUUGACUGCGUCUACGGCAUCGAGUUGUUCAAGGACAGCCGAGUGUCCAAUCUGCAGCUAUUGGCCGAGAAAGUCGUGAAUAAUAAGAUCAAGGUGCCUCCUGGGGCGGAAGAGCUGGUUGGCCGGGCGGUGGAACAUCUGUUUGAAAAGGAGGACGGGGAGAAAAAUGAAUGGCGAGGCAUGGUGCUAUCCCGAGCCCCCAUCAUGACUCACUGGUAUUACAUUACCUACGAGAAGGACCCCGUGCUCUACAUGUACCAGCUGUGGGACGAUUACAAGGAUGGUGAUUUGCGUGUUCUUCCUGAAUCAGAGAACAAACACCUGCUCCCAGCAGACAGGAAGCCGGGUGAGGAGCCAGAGAGCCUUGUGGGUAAACAGGUGGAGUAUGUCACAGAUAACGGUCUAAAAAGGACGGGCCUGGUCAUCUACCAAGUCCCGGCCAAGCCCACGGUGUACUACAUCAAAUACGACGACGACGUACACAUUCACGUCUACGACCUGGUUAAAACCACCUAGUAUGGACUGUCCCGUUCACACAGCCAGUCGUUACCGGUUGAAGUGUUACGGAGUUUUCCUCACCCACGAUGGAGGAGGUUUUUAUUUACAUUCUCACAUUACAUUCAUUUUCAAUGUGAAAGUGGUUUUGACUUUGAGGUCAUCUUCAGUGUAAAUAAAACUUGUAUAGCCCAGCAGGUGAAAUCUCACAUACAGUGCUGCGCCAAAAUCACAUACUUUUUGUAAAGACAUUCAGCAACCUAAAAGAAUUGGCUUUCUUACACAUCCAUGUUUGGUAAUUGUACAUGAUUUCACUUAUUCUCGUGAUUUAUUUCAUUUUUCUGUUUGUGCUUGAUGACGUCUCACUGGGUAAGCCUCAGUUUGUUGAAUAUAAAAGUGACAUCCAUUUGAGUAUUGGGCCGAUUUACCAUCACAAGUGAACCAAGAUUUCAGUUUUUGUAUAGACAUUAUUUCCCAGAUUUAUUCAGAAAAAAUAAGUGUAUAUUUCUGUUUUAUUGUGUAAACUGCAAGUUUUCUACUCAAUAAUAUAUCAGCUAUACUAAAGUUUAUGUCUAGUUGCUUCAGCAGUGUUUAUGCUCUAUGCUAUUUAUGUUCAGUUGGCUACUGACAACAUUUCUGGUUUUUGGAUUUGAUGCCAUCAUUAAUGACAGAAGCUGAAUUGUGUGAUUAUGGCCUCAAAAUAUUGCUAAUUGUGUAAUAUGUUCUGUUGUGUACAUAUAAAUUGAAUCAUUUUUAUGAACCUAAUCAAAAAUGUUUUUAAUGUGUGUUCUUUUUUUAUAGUAAACCAACAGUAAUAUGAAAUAUGCUAAUUAUACUUGUGGCUGCUGCAGUAGGACUGCAAUCUAUCAGUGGCAUUGGACAGCUCAUUUGCACAAUUGACCAUCCAUUGAAAAUCCAGAUUAAAAAAAAAACGUGUUUGCAGAGGUUUUUGUUCUUAGAAAUUGAGAUUUUCAAAACAUCCGGUUCAGUGGUAAAACAGCUUUUAGAGGCCUCCAUCCAUCCAUUUUCUAUGCCUCUUGUCCUCAUUAGGGUUGUGUGCAACAUCAUCUAAUGUUUUUAAAGUGCUUAUGACAUGGAAAAAAAACAACAAAAAUCAAAGUACUCACGUAAUAAAACAUUUUUGUCAUACUGAUGUCAUAGAAAAAUAAAACAACUAUGAAAUAUGACUUAACUGAAGAGUUUUCUGAAGCUCUGCCAUCUUGGCUGUGAUGUCAUGACCAGUACACUUGAACAAAUGCAGCCAUGAACUUUCACAGCAGUAACAUAACAUUCAGUGAGCACUGUUUGGUUUUUGCCUCAGCUUUUCUUUUUAGUAGUGAUUUUUAGUUUUGUAUUGCCGUGUGGCUUUUCCCUUGUUCUUGUUUGUACUUUUUUGCUUACCUCUGUGGGGACACUUUUUGUCAUAAUGAAUAUCUUUUUAUUACAUGGAACGUCUUUCUGCAUCUUGGGUUCCAGACUGGCUCACGCCGUUCUUAACAGGGUUGUCAUCAAAGCUCACUUCCGAUCACAUGAUGGCGAUAUAGUGUUUUCGUCAAAAGCGUCGAGCCGGUGUUUCAGAUUUUCCAUCUCUGGAAGCUGUUUUCAAAAAAUUUGUUUCAAAAUUGAGACACUAAAUUAUGCAUUUUUAUACAUAAAAAAGACCAAAUGAACUAAUUAAAUGCAUUAUAAAAUACAAAUAUUUAUAAGGCAGAAAAUGCAUUGAAAUUGUGAAUGUAGUAUUCUACAUUGGUCACUAGGUGUCAGUAAUUGAAACAAGCACCGAUAUAUAGUCACAAUAAUAACGCGCUACUGUUCAUGCGGCUAUAACCCACGACAUAACUCUAGACUCCCGACGGACGUCACUUCCUAUCACACUAAACUACACCUAGGGAACACAUUUACUGCGACACACAUCAGCACAAGUUGUAUUUAUGUCUAAAUAAAUAUCUAAUUUUCUUGGAUUAUAUCUACUAUAUUGGAUAUUACAAAUGUAAAGGUGACUAUAGGGGUGUUAUUUCAUGUCUAGGGGGCUCCAAUAAUGUUAAAAAACAUAUUUAGAAUCAGAUGCUUUCCGACAAUGUAGACCAAGGUCUGAGGGACGGCGGUCACACAUUCAGGCGGUUCGGUCCCUGUAAGACCGCUGUCGGAUUUAGGAUUUAGGAAUGGAUUUCUACUUUUUGCUGAUGAUGUGGUCCUGCUGGCCAUGAUCUUCAUCGCUUACUGGAUUGUUUUGCAGUCGAAUGUGAAGUGGCUAGGAUGAAAUCAGCACCUCCAAGUCCGAGUCCACUUAAAAAAGGGUGGGAGUGACCUGUGUGGAGGAGUACCUUGAGGUCUUGCAUUGACAAGUGGAUUGCUGCAGCGUCCACAGUGAUGUGGACUCCGCAUUGGUCCUUUGUGGUAAAAAGGGAGUCAAAAGGCAAAGUUCUACAGCAGGGGUCUCAAACACGUGGCCCGUGGGCCAAAUGUGGUCCGCAGGACACUAGUUUGAGGCCCCCGCCUUCAUAUGAAAGUUUAAUGUUAGUGCGGCCCGCGCAAGUUUGAUAUGGAUGCUGUAUGGUAUCAUGUACCUAGAAAAAAAUAUUACGUUUGAUUAAUGUUCAUGU